CUUGGGCUACUGAAGUAGAGAGAUCCAGAGAAAAGGCAGCCCCACAGCUAUAACAGAGGGCAGAGGUUAAAUCUUUUGGCAUAUUUACCAUAAGAAUGGUCACUGCACACCCUCUCCCUGAAGGCUUCACUGAAAUAGAAGUGUUUGCCAUUGGUACUGCCCUGCUGGUAGAAGCCCUGCUUGGUUUCUGUCUGAAUGGCUUGACAAUCAUUUCUUUCCGAAAAAUCAAAGAGCUGCGAACGCCCAGCAAUCUGCUGGUUCUCAGCAUCGCCCUGGCCGACUGCGGGAUUUGCAUCAACGCCUUCAUCGCUGCCUUCUCCAGCUUCCUCAGAUACUGGCCCUAUGGCUCUGAUGGCUGUCAAAUCCAUGGGUUCCAUGGCUUCCUGACAGCCCUGGCCAGCAUUAGCUCCAGCGCAGCCGUCGCCUGGGACCGAUACCAUCACUACUGCACAAGGAGCAGGCUGCAGUGGAGCACAGCUGCCUCCAUGAUGGUGUUUGCAUGGCUCUUUGCUGCCUUCUGGUCUGUGAUGCCCUUACUGGGCUGGGGAGAAUACGACUACGAACCCCUCCGAACCUGCUGCACCCUGGACUACAGCAAAGGGGACAGAAACUAUGUCACAUUCCUUUUUGCUCUGUCCACUUUCAAUUUCAUGAUCCCAGGCUUCAUCAUGCUGACGGCCUAUCAGUCCAUACACCAAAAGUUCAGGAAAACUGGGCACUUUAAGUUUAACACUGGUUUGCCACUGAAAACACUGGUCAUUUGCUGGGGUCCCUAUUGCCUCCUGUGCUCCUAUGCAGCAGUGGAAAAUGUGAUGUUCAUUCCACCAAAAUACCGCAUGAUCCCUGCCCUAAUUGCCAAGACUGUGCCAACGGUGGAUGCCUUUGUAUAUGCCCUGGGAAAUGAGAACUACAGAGGAGGAAUAUGGCAGUUCCUCACAGGACAGAAGAUUGAGAAAGCAGAGGUUGAUAACAAAACUAAAUAACCCCUUAUGGUAUUAAAAUUACUGCAGGUACAUCACUGAAAGCAAAAUUCAAGAGAAAACUGAGUGCAUUCUCUGAUAUGUUGUGCAAAGGUGGUUCCACAUUGGAAAGGCUGUGCAUUGGCUACAAACAAUGAAGUAUAGAAAAAAAGCCCUCCAGAUAACUGUCCAAACCAUCAUGAGCUGCUUGUCAAACAA